AUGACAGACCCAGAUGGAGACUCCCAAAUGGCCUCAUCCCCCGAAUCCACCCAUUCCUUCUCCGACAUGGACGCCGGCUCCCGCACCCCAACGCAACAAACCCAGACCGCAAAUCUGCAGUUCGCAGGCGCCUCGGAGCUCUCCCCGCCAGGCUCACAGACUCAACCAACGGGCGGCUCGAUUGACCAUACGAAAGAGUUUGUCAAUGCCGAAAACGGGACAACGGAGUCAACGGGGUCAACGGAACAGCCGGGGGCGUCGUGGAUGAAUAAACGGGCGGAGGAGGAGUAUCAGCGCGCGAUGGAGUAUGUUAUUGAUUUGGAUUGGAAUCUCGAUGAAUUCGGGGACCCGUUCGAUGAGCGCGAUAUGAAACAGAAGCUGGGUUAG